AUGAAGCUCCAUGAUAUUACUAGCUGUGGCGAUGGCCGGUAUUUGGGUUUUACGCCUCAUGGGAGCUCUCAUCAACUGUACUGGAAAUUCAAAAAGUGUCCAGGGUUUAAAGCCUGGCAUGCCAACCAAUGGAGAUCAGAACCGGAGAACACCGGAGCCGGGGAAAUCAUGUCAGUCACGGUAUGGCCUAGAAGGGGGAAUUCCACGUUUUUCAACGUGCCGGAGCUUCUAAGCCCAAGUGUCUUUGACAAAGGACGGCUUUGUCUUGGGUAUGAGAAGAUAGGAUUUGGGCCGUGGUGGCUCGUCGUCCGCCAAAUCUCAGACUGGGAUUUGGUAGCACAACAUUCGAUAUUGGCCACUAUAGACCAGGCAUACGUUCUUGGCCUUGACAGUGACCUGGUUGUUCAAUAUUCAACAGAAAGUUUCAAAAUUCGAAUAUGGAAUCCCCGCUUGAAUAAGUUCUGGGAAGUGCAACAUUCAAAUGCCACCCUUUUCAACAGGCCACACAUCCUUAAUGGCCAGAAUGGUUUUAUUACUACCUCAAAACAGGAUAAAUCCGGGGAUGUCCACGUCUUGAGUUGGAGGUCUAUCAAUUGGCGAGAUACUGAAAAGCCCUCGUAUAUCGAGCACCGGGAUUUCACUUUACCUUCCUCAUAUUUUUUCCCCGAAAUUCCCAGUAACGGCGAAAUUUCCAGGGGUUUAUCUCCAGGUUUAUUUACGACCAUUGACGAAAUCGGCCAUAAUUGUAUCUCGUUCCUUCUACAAAGUGACCCUCCCCUCGCAGUGACAUAUAUUGGCGAACCAAUGGAGUUCGGAAACCUUGAAAUAGUUGUUGGGGAGUUUUCUGACAACACUCACGUCAUUCGCAACAGUGGCCGUUGUGACGAUAGUGUUGUUAAGAUGAUGAAGGAUGGGAAACAAAUAUGGCGACUCGAUGAGGGCAGAGAUUGCCUAGGCGCUUUCGUUUAUCUGGACGCCUAUCUUGUUAUUGUGGACCGCGAUCAUCGAGGAAGACUACAUUCCCGAGUCGCCUUCCGAAAUAUUAACGGUGAAUUGGUUUAUGACUUCGAGUUGCCCUGGAAUUACACCCGCCGCGAGAUACGUAUCCUCAGGGAAGAUGGUAGAAUCGUUAUUUUCGCAGAUGACUUGUUGGAGGCUACCGUAUGGACAUUUUUCAAGAACACUGCCUCGUCAACCGAAAGAGCAGGCAAAGGAGAGAAACGCUAUGACUUGAGGCCCCACAAGAAACGCAGAUUAGUAUUUUGA